AUGGUUGUGGCGUCUUUCGACACAUACGAGGAAUUCGAGGAUAUUCUUAAAAAGCUGGAGGAGAAGCCGCUUUUUGUCUUCUUUCUGGGUAUUGGCUGCGGACCUUGUGAUAAUGUGGCUCCUUUCUACGAAAAGUACUCUGACGAGUAUGAGCUUGACUUCUACAAAACCAAACGUCCAAUGAACAAGGAGAAAAAUGACAUUUUCAAGAAACAGACCCCCCACAUCAAGGCAUUCCCGACUUUUGUGUUUUUCAGAUACGGAAUCGAGUUUGGUAGAGUGCUAGGAGACAGUCCCGAGCAGCUCAAACAGUGGAUCGAGCUCAGCAUCAGAUUCAAGGAUGACUAG